GCUGGUUGAAUGUUUAAUUUUCAUUGUGAGAAGGACAGGUAAGCACGACGAUAAACAUUGGCAAAGAGUUUAUCAAAAUGGAAGGAGGAUUCUUUAGAUUAACCAUCAUAUCUUUUUCCCUCGCUCAUUUUUGUUUGUUACAUACUGGAUGCUUGGCAAGCAAUGAUGAUAUAUCCUACGUAUCUGCGGUUCUCAAUGCCUCCUACAAGAUGGACAACAUUUUUCCAAUAUGGAGGCAGUUUAUUCGCCAUGGAAUGUAUGGAAAAGGAGCGUCUAUAGAAAACGCACAAGGUUAUUUGUAUUACAUACCAAACGAAGAUUGGUGCAAGCCAGUUCUCCCUCGAAUUCAAAAUUCACUGAAACCGUGGAUAGCUCUUAUUGAACGAGGAAAUUGUAAUUUCGAAGUAAAAAUAUUGAACGCAAAAGCCGUGAACGCCUCAGCUGUUGUUAUUUUCGAUAAUGGCUCAAGUAAAAACCAAGGCAGUCUGCAAAUGAAAUCAUACAGAGUAGGGAUUGUUGCAGUUUCAAUAUCAAGAGAGGCUGGUCUAAAGUUGGUCUCAUUAUUCGUAAGUUACAAGGUAUUCUUGCAAAUCGAAGUUGGUCGCUACCAUUACCGGCGGAAGAGGGACUGGGAAGCAGGGAAAACUUCGGUGCUGUUCGUAUUGGUUUCUUUCAUCUUGCUGAUGUGUAUAUCGCUCGCAUGGCUGGUGUUUUAUUACGUCCAAAGGUUCAGAUACUUUUAUGCCAGAGAUAAAAAAGAGAAGCAACUUGCUAAUGCAGCAAAGAAGGCUAUUGCAAAGUUGAAAACAAGAGUUUGUGAUGGAUUGGAUACACUAGAGGAUCAAGAAGAAACAUGUGCUGUUUGCCUAGAGGGUUACUUAAAGGGCGAAACAUUACGCACAUUAAGUUGCAGGCACGAGUUUCAUAAAAUAUGUAUAGACCCUUGGCUGCUGGAACACCGAACAUGUCCUAUAUGUAAAACCAAUAUUCUCAAAGAGUUUGGGAUUGAAGUGCCAGAGAAUUCUGGUGACAGAAAUUUUGAUGUAACAGCAGCAUCAUCGCGUACCAUUGUUGCAUUUGGAGCACAAGAGGGGCAAACAGAGGCUUUAAACACGCCAUUACAAGAAAUUCAUUCCCAUCAAAAUACUGAUGAUGAAACAGCCAAUCUUUCAGCCAACAACACAAGCCUUACAUCUACAGAUGAUGAAGAUAGCUUGACAAAUUCGACAUCGGUACUGGUCAGUCAGGAGUAUGCGUAGUUGUACUUUGGAAAAAGUCAAAUCAUUUGAAAAUCAUUUAUUGUUUGGUAUAAUUUGGCCCUUUGUUAUUGGGCAUUAAUUUUGAUCCAAGUAAUGUUUAGGAAGUUUAUGCAUAGUGAGCAAUUUGUUACAAAAAGCAAGGAAGCACAUUUUUUCUCUAUGCAAUUUAGAUAUACUGAUAUGGUUUUGGCAAGAAGUAGGGUUGAGAUGGACAAUUUUGUUGAGACUAUCCUCCUAAAGAAGGUACUUCUUUGAAAGCACAAUGUACAAAGCAAAAAAUUAUAAACUUAUUAUGACAUCAAUCCCGUUUUCAAAAUUAUUUUGUAUGAUUGACUUUUAAGAUAUUCUAGACUUGGCUUCUUUUACAAAUUUUAUUGCCUGCAUAUGUAGCUGAAAUGUUAUCUGUAGUUGCAGCAAAAGUAGCAUGCCUUUGAAUGUAACCAUUGUUGUAAAUUUACGAGAUUGAUAUUGCGUUACUCCUACUGCAAUUCAAAAAAUUAAAUUGCAAUAUUCUUAACCCCACGGAGAGAUUUAAUUGAGCAUUAGUGUUAUUAGUGUCAUAUUAUUGAAGUUACAAGAUACCAUUCAAGUAGUAUUUCCUCUAAAGAACGCCACAGCGUUAAUCCAACUUUUGGAUGCAGCUUUUAAUGCAGGAUGACGUUUUUCAAAAGAAGGCAUUUAAUGCAAAAUGAAAAGUUUGUGUCAAAUGAAAAAUGACAAGAAAGUGGGAUGAAAAAAAGAUAUCAAGAUUGUGAAAAAUUGUUUAUAGUUAACCUUUCUUUCCCAAAAACACGUAAUGAAGAUUGUGAAAAAUUGUUAAUAGUUAGCCAAAGAUGUGUUCAGGUUAUGGAAAUGUCAAGGAAUGUCAAUAUCCCUGUCUCCGUCAGAGUCCUUGUCUCUAUGAGAUAAAAACUUUUGAAAAGUAAGCGUAUAAACUAUUUGUUACUUCUUGUUUGGUGUGUUUUGUUAUGAAUGCUGCUAUUCAAGAUGCAGCAUUUAAAAAGGGCAGCAUUUAUCAGCGGAGUGGCAUUUAUCAGAGGGCAGCAUUUAUCAGCAGGGCGUGUUUUUCAUAAAUGGAUGGCUGAAGAUGAGGCAUUCAUUAGAGGAAAUACACUACUCAAAUUCCCUUCACAGUAAACUUGUUUAUGUGUGUUCUCAUACCCCCUCUUGAGUAAUUCCAGAACUAAUGCCUAAAACUUUGUCAUUUUAUUUAAUGGAGAUAUAAAUCACAAAUUAAAAGGCCGCAAUUUUCUGAGAGAGCUAGCUGAUUUUUGGUUAUUGCUUUGACUCUAUGCAUAUAAUGUUUUAUUUUAUACCUCACCAUGUUCAUAAUCAAUUAAGAAAGCAAAUAGACCAAAAAGGCUUUCCUGAAAGGCACCAGAAAGCAUUUGCCCAGCAAACAUGAAAACAAAACUUAAUUUCAUGACACUAUAUUAGAUUCAAAAUUCUGAUCCGUUUAUUUGUAGCAAACUUGUAUUGUAGUAAUUCAAGCAUUGAAGGAGGUGGUAAAAUAUGCAACAAACAUUUGGGGGAUGAAAAGGAGAGACAAUGGAUUGUAGUCGAUUGUAUCUUUAUCAUUAACUGUACAUACACUUUUGAAAUAAAGCUUCAUCAUGUGUCUUGUUCCUUUGUUAA